GUCCUGUCGUCUCACUCAGCGCACUGGCAUGUCUGGAUACUCUCACCUUUAAGAAUUGAAUGACUUCCUGACUUGGAGGAUGUGGACCUAGUGGCUAGAUUAAAAGCGAACAGGAGGUUGUGUGGAGGGCCCAGGAAGAUAAGAGGAUUCAAUUGGGAGUCCAGAAAUAAGAUCACAUUUUAAUUCUCUUUUGCUAAAUUGGCUGAAAAAUUAGAAUUAUCAACCCUGUAAUUAAAAGUUUAUAUUAAAACAUUACAUUUUUCCUUAACAUAUGAAUGUCAGAUUCUCUUUUGUGUAUAUGUUAAGUUUAUAUACUUGCACAUGAAAUCUACCUGUGUAUGUGAAGUAUAUUUUUAUUGAAAGGCAGGACAUUUAAGAAGUUAAUCUGGAAAAUUGGGUUUUACAUCUAGACUCUCAUUUCCAGAGUUUUUUUUUCUUUUUUCUUUCUUUUUUAAGAGAAGAGAAUGUCUGUGGUGCACCAGCUCUCACCAGGAUGGUUACUAGAUCAUCUUUCUUUCAUUAACAACAUAAACUAUCAACUUCACCAACAUCAUGAGCCUUGUUGCAGUAAAAAUGAGCCCACUUCAUCUGUCCACUUUGAUUUUCUUCAAAUGGAUUCUUUGAUCUCUUUGGGAAACUCUGCUACCUUUAUUGCUUUUGACUCUACCACUAAGCCAGAUAAUGAUGCCAGAGGAAAUUGUGAAAUCUUCAUACAGAGAUAUGUUUUUCGAUCUGAGCUAUUUAAUGUCACCAAACCUUAUAUAACUCCAGUUGUUCACAAAGAAUGCCAACAAAGGAAUGAAAAGGAAGAUCCAAUGGAUGGUAUUAAAGAAGAAAACCGCAUUUCUAUUAUUGGGAAGAAACGUAAAAGAUGUGUUGUUUUCAAUCAAGGUGAAUUGGAUGCUAUGGAAUAUCAUACAAAGAUCAGGGGACUGAUUUUGGAUGGCUCUUCAGAGUUAAUCCAAGAAGGUCUCAAAAGUGGCUUUCUUCAUCCACUUUCUGAAAAAUGGGACAAGUGUAGUGAGCCCAUUACUUUACCACUUGAUACCUGCAAUUUGUCAGAAUUAUGUACAAUGGCAAAGCAUUUGCCUUCUCUGAAUGAAAUGGAUCUUCAGGCAUUACAAUUGAUGGAAGAAGAUAUGUCUGUUACAGAACAGGAUUUAUUUUCACGGGUUGUUGAAAACAACUCUAGCUUUACAAAAAUGAUUACUUUAAUGGGACAGAAAUACCUGGUGCCACCAAAAAGCAGUUUUCUUUUGUCUGACAUUUCUUGCAUGCAUCCACUUCUGAACUGUAGGAAAACAUAUGAUGUAAUUGUGAUGGAUCCACCAUGGCAGAACAAAUCAGUUAAAAGAAGUAACAGGUACAGCUAUUUAUCACCAUUGCAAAUAAAGCAGAUACCUAUUCCUAAACUGGCAGCUCCAAACUGUCUUAUCAUUACUUGGGUGACCAAUAGACAGAAGCACCUACGUUUUGUAAAGGAAGAACUUUAUCCUUCUUGGUCUGUUGAGAUAGUUGCUGAGUGGCACUGGGUAAAAAUCACCAAUUCAGGAGAAUUUGUGUUCCCGUUAGAUUCUCCACACAAAAAGCCUUAUGAAGGUCUUAUACUGGGGAGAGUUCGAGAAAAAACUGCUGUACCAUUAAGGAGUGAAGAUGUAAAAGUACUUCCCAUUCCAGAUCACAAGUUAAUUGUCAGUGUGCCCUGUACUCUUCAUUCACAUAAGCCACCGCUUGCUGAGGUUCUAAAAGACUAUAUCAAGCCAGAUGGGGAAUGUUUGGAAUUGUUUGCUCGAAAUUUACAGCCAGGUUGGACUAGUUGGGGCAAUGAAGUUCUCAAAUUUCAACACAUGGAUUAUUUUGUUGCUCUGCAGUCUAGAAGCUGACUAUGAUCUUAAAGUUGUGAUUUUCUUCACUUUUUCCUCA